AUGAGGCAUCGAAUUGCUCCCUAUACUGCUGUAAUCGUUGUUCUUGUGGUCACAUGGGCCAUCUUGCAUGACGCCGUACGCAUUCAGAAGACAGUGAGAGACCUUUUCGGGAUGAAAAGUGUGCGACAGUUCAAACCAGAAGAGUUAUCACCAACAACUUUGCCUUCCCUAAAGUGCAACCUCUCCAAAAGAUGCCCACCUAAUCACUUUGCAAUGCGCGUGCGCAGUGGAGCAGCUAAUGUCGUUGGGCCCAAGAUCUGUUUUGAUGGUAAAAUCAUCAUGAGCCAUAUUAUGAAUAACGUGGGACCUGGGCUCAACAUCGUUGUUGUAAACAGUGAGAACGGCGCUGUGGACAGAUGCGCCUAUCUGAAUAUGAAAGAUGGAGUCCCAGAGGACAUCUUGGCAUACCUGAAAGAGAUUAAACCUGGAGAGAUUGUCAUUGUGGCCUCCUUUGACGACGUGACAACAAAGAUGACAAGCGAAAUGAGAGAAAUUUUUGUCGGGAUGGGCAGCACUUUGAUCCAGUCUGUAAGUUACCGCGACAACUGGGUGUUUGCAGGAAGAGGCGGGCUAGGAAACAGAAGCGCCUUUGAAAAGCGAGCUGCUAAUAAUGACACAGGCAACAUUUAUGAGGGAUGGCCUGAAGUGGUGGAGGUGAGCGGCUGUUUUCCCAGAAGCUCUUGA